AUGAGAAACCUCUUUCCUGAGCUGCGAGAUCGCAACGCGUGGAGAGAGACGAUGCGAGAGUGGCUGGCGGAGGAGACCGAUUCCUGGAAGCAGCUCGUCCUCGAUUUUCUGAUUGGAGAGCUCGACAGGUCGUCCAUAUUGAAUGGAUUGUUUGAUUUCGAUGAGGAGGAGCCUGACCGGUCUGAUGUGCGACAGGAAGAGGCUGAGGACACGACAGGAAACCAAGGAGGACUCCCGGAUGAGAUGGAGAUUGAUGGGUAG